GCUUUUAAGCAAAGCCGCGUUUAGACACUUGACGAGCGUGAAGCGCUUCUUAAGUCGAGCAACUUUAGAGGAAGUGUCACACGUCCUCCUUCACACGUCCACACUGACUACAUGGGAACUUUCCCCUGUGAAGUGAAGAGUUUGUAAGUAAAGUUUCCUCCUGCAGUAAGUCAGUUGUGUUGUACAGCGAUGUCCGGAGAGCUGAGGCCCAGACUUUGUGUGUUAGAGAAGGGCAGUGACGGUUACGGCUUCCACCUGCACGGGGAGAAGAACAAAGCGGGGCAGUUUAUCCGCUUGGUGGAACCCGGGUCCCCUGCCGAGACCUCGGGGCUGAAGCCCGGGGACAAGCUGGUGUUCGUUAACGGUGACAGUGUGGAUGGGGAGAGCCACCAGCAGGUCGUGUCCCGGAUACGAUGUGUAACGGGGGCGCUGGAGCUGAUCGUCGUGGACGCUGAGACAGCUGAGUAUCUCAGGAAACACAACUUGGAGUGCAGGAAGGAGUUCGUCGAGGAAGGAGUGCUUACAUCAGGAGACCGAGUGGACACCGCUGCACAGGACAGGAACGGAACCGACAGGAACUCCAGCCCUGUCCCUGCCUCUGUCCCUGCUCCUAUCUCUGUUCCUGCCUCUGUUCCUGUCCCUGCUCCUGCCUCUGCCCCUGCCUCUGUCCCUGCUCCUGCCUCUGCCCCUGCCUCUAACGGAGACAUGGGCCUCGACACACUCAGCCUGAGCUCCAAGGAAUCAAGGAAUGAGCUUCGUCCCCGUCUCUGUCAAAUGAAGAAAGGUGCCACAGGUUACGGCUUCAACCUGCACAGUGACAAGUCCAAAACAGGCCAGUAUAUCAGGGCGGUGGAUGACGACUCUCCGGCAGAGAAAUCUGGACUUCGACCCCAAGAUAAAGUAGUGCAGGUGAACGGCAUAGCUGUUCAUGGCUUGCAGCACUCAGACGUGGUGGCUGCCAUCAAGGCAGGAGGAGAUGAGCUGCAGCUGCUGGUUGUGGAUCCAGACACGGAAGCUUUCUUUAUGAGCUGCCAGGUUCUUCCCACUGAGGAGCACCUCACAGGUCCUCUUCCGGAACCUGAUAACAGCGGAGAUGCUGAAGAAAAGGUGAAGGAGGAAGCGGUUCAGGAAGCCCAGCUGAUGUCAGAGAGUCCCACUCCAUCCAACGCUUCCUCCACUGCAUCCAUCCCCGCUGAGACGGCCAGCAUUCCCUCAUCACAGGAGAAGGCAGAAGAAAAGGCUGUAGAGAAGAGUGCAAAUGCAGCCUCAUCGCUGGAUCUGAACAUUUCCCUGCAGCAGGCUAAAGAGCGCGCGCGCCAGAAACGCUCCAACAAGAGAGCGCCACCUAUGGACUGGAGCAAGAGGAGCGAAGUGUUCAGCAACCUCUAAAGCAGCCGAUUCCUCCUCCACGAGCACGUCUUAUGUCCUUUAUUUAUAAAGUUCACAUGUUUGUCUCUCUCAUGAGGCCAGCUUCUCUGAUUAAGCAGAAGGGAGGCAAGAAAGAGGAAAAUCAUAAGUUAGAAAUAAUUGGCUUUUUAAAAAAACUUUUUUUAAAUAAUUUUGUUAGUCUCAUCCAUACACACACCUCAGAUGAGCAUUUAAAGCCAGUGUUAUUUUGUCACUUGUUUUUAUUGACCUUUAUAGACAUUUUAUUGAACUAUAUGAUAGAAAUCUGAAUUGUGAUGUAUUACUUUAUUAUGUACAGUGUAGGUGUAAUUAAUGCACAAUUCUUUUCCUGUUCAUGCUGAUGGUAAAGGUGUGUUAGCACCACUGAUGCUUCAUUAUCCUGUAUACACAUCUGCCCUGUGGAAAUAACCGUUAAUGUUCCGAGCAAUUUUAACCCUUUGUUAUUCCUGUUCAGAGCGACACUUUAGACCGCUGUGUGGUGUGAAAGCUUUGUCUCUGUGAUCUGUUCAGAAAAGCAUUUUCUUUUUAUUCAGAGCUGUAAAUCAUAAAUUCUUCAGAGAAAUCCCUAAUACAGCUUUACACACUCUGACUAACAUGGAAUAUGUGAUUAGUUUGUUGUUUGUUUUUUUGACUGAAGGAAGAAAAGCACUGUUUUUUUUUUAUCAUACAAGAUUUGUGUAAAUUAAUGUUAACAAUCGAAUCACACGAAGUAAUAUGGCACAUUGUACUUUGAUUUGAUGGCUUUGAUUUUUACUUUUUUUUCCAACACACCGUCAUCGCCUCAUUGUUUAAUUUUUUUUGUUGGAUUCAGAAUUUCUAGUAUGUUGAUUACAAAAGUGAAAAAGUUCCUAAGAAGAAAACCACUGUCUUUAGCAACUUUAGCUGAAAGCUCAGUCUAGACUUGGCUGGAUGGAUAAAUAAAUAAAUCA